UCACCAUCACCCGUAUAUUCAGUAUAUAUACCUUGAAACUAGUGUAUAUACCUUAUGAAUUAUUGUAUUGAGAAGGCUAUACUGUACUCGUUUUCAAGUUGGCGGCUUAGAAAUGGUCGAGAAUGGGCCAAAAUCUUGACUUAAGUUGACCAAGGUUGGACCAACUUAGAUUUGGUGUUAGUACUCACGUAUGUGUGGCUGCAGGGGUAGUCAUAGCUCCUGGGCCCUGGCCUUGUGUGAUGAUACUGAAGGUUGAGAAGUGGUCGUGGGUCCAUGACUGAGGUGUUGUAAAGUAUGGUGUGAUCUUUGAAAUACUCAAGUGUGAUGUGUGGGCAGUAUGAUACUAGUUGCACUAGUAUGUCUAGUACUAGUGAGGUGCUCUUGCCCCUAGCUACUAGGCUAUGCCAGCUGUACAAGCAGUCAUGUUUUAGUGGACACGCAUUGAUGCACACACUGGCGAGAAAGCCACUUGUCCCCCUGGUAGACCCGCGGGAAAGCCAGCCCCGUGUCUACCCUAGUACAGAAGACAUGGCCAAUUCUCUGCCGUUAAACUGGCCAGUUGAUGGGGUCGUCACUGAGGAUGAUUGUAGCUUCGAUCAUAGUUGUUUAACAGUGUUUUUCAGUCCGCAGAAGCAGUCGGCAGCACCUCCGGCCCCAUUCAACCUCCAGAAGGAUGGCGUCAGAGUCCUCUUGUUCCGCGAGUGUGACUCCCGGGGUCGCAAGUUGCUCUACGAUUCCAAGACGGUGUUGCAAGUGCCCGUCGCAGAGAUCCCAGCGGCAGCGGCGGCACCACCGUCUAGCAGGAUGUCCUUCAAGAGCAGCUGGAGCAGCGGACUUCGAGGCAGUGGCAGUGGCAGCAUGCCACCCGUUGCCACACAGACCACUAAAACCCCUUGUCUUGGGGUUAAGACCUCCGCUGCAACCAACACCAGUUACAAAUCUGAUGCCUUUGUUGAAAUAAGCAACGGCUAUGGCUACCAGUACCGUCAACAAGAGGGAGACACCAAGCUACUGGGAGAACUGGUCUUCGGUAGUGUUGCUCUCUCGUACAGAGGACCAUACACCAAGUUGCACAUCCUGCACACUCCCCUACGUGUGUUGCUCUCUUGUACCAGUGCAACACCCACCUCGCAUCUCCUCAGACCUACAACUGCAAGCUCUCUAUGUACAGUGUAUCAGGGUAUAGAGGACUCAUCACUGGGUAGUUCUCUCAGCUCGUGGAGCGAUGUUGCCUGCCACCCUGAGGGCCUGGAGGUGCCAUGGGCAGCGGCGGUGGUGGGUGGUGGCAGCAGUGGCGAGUGGGCCCGCCCGCCGACUGCCCAUCAGCACUCCACGCGGGGGGGACUUGGGUAUGGUGGCCCUGCCCUCGACUGCUCGUCUGGCUGCGGGUCAUUCCUCUUGCCACCCUCCAUGCCCAAUACUCCCAUGGGCACGCCUUCCUCCAAGCAAGGUUCAGGGAGCAGUCUCAAACACUCUGGCAGCUUGAGUAGCCUGCAGCGACGCUUCCUGCACACGGUGAGCACCUCGCUGGAGGCGCUGGGUCGAGAGGGCGAGGUGCAGGAGGCUGGGACAGCAGCGGGCAGCGCUGGCCCGCUCAGCCACCUCUGUCGCCGCCCCACCAAACUGGGCGUUGCUGUCACUAUACAAAUUGGCAACACUGCUUCUGAGAUAGACAGGUCUUCGGAGGAGUGGAUCUUCCUGCAUGUGAGUGUCAUCGAAGGGUUGAUCAGCAAGCUGCAGACCAUGUUGCAGGCAGCGUACCUUCACCGUCACUCCUUUGUUUACACCGUCCACCAGGCGGUCUUGCAGCUCCAACAGGAUAUUGUGGACCUGGUCAGCGGACCGCGACUGUGCCGUCCCAUAUGGCUGGGCCUGCUGGGCCAGCCGCCACCCACUGAGCGCCAAGCACUGUGUACCAUGCUGGUCGACACCCUGGCUUCCCUUCUUGACAAGUUUGACACCAAGCAGACCAACUUUUUCGUGAGUAAGUUGUUGACGGCUGUGUUGACACAUCAUCUUGGCUGGGUGUCGACCGUUACUCCGGGCGACCAUGCCACAUCGAUGACACCUACCAUGACACACUCCACACCAGCGACAGCACCUGUGUCAGCACCAGGGCUGCCCCAUCCUGGCACUACUGCACUCCCCACACACCCACCUCGCCUCAAUGCUGCCACAACUGCCACCACUCGACCAUCUUGGGUUGAGAGGCUGAACGAGUGUCGUCCAUACAACGCCGUGUGGGCACAACUGUGCGAGUUGAGUGGCGCUGUGGGUUACCCACCACGGGCGGCACGUACCAUCCUGGUGGGCACCGACACUACACUGCUAGCACAGCUCCUCACCAUACUCUCUUACAUCAUACGCUGCUCCCAGGUGGUUGAGGCUGAAGUCGGUCGCCACCAGCUGGGUGACACCAUGACAGCUGAGCAUCAGUCGUGUCCCUCGUGUACAUCUUCUGUGUCGUCCAUCAUCAGUAUGGUGGAGGGCAACAGGAAGGACUCUCAGAAGGAUUGUGGCACCAGAGAUGCUCACACUCAGCAGUUGAAGAGAGAGUCCAGCCUACGGCGGAGCUGGAGGAACAGUCGAGAAGGUCGCAGUGGCAGAUACCUGUCCACCGAGGGUCGGGGAGACAGUAUCUCCGAGGUUGCCCUAAGGUCUGGUGGCUAUAGUGCUGUUGAUGCCCAACGCGGUUCUGCGUGCGACGCUGAUCCUUCAGUGCCAGGCCAUCAGCCUCUCAAGAGAGAGAGCGACCAGGCAUCUAAGUGGAUGCUAAAUGAUGGUGAGGAGAUAGUAAUUCACGAUGUUAAGUAUUCAGACUUAUCACACGGUACAAGUCGUGGAAGUCCGUCUCGUUUAGAGCCAAGGAACAAAGAGCUUUUGGAGGCAGAGAGAGUGACCAUUGUGGCUCCGUUGCCUGAGUUGGGAAAAAGUUUAUCGUCAUGUAAAACAUCAACAAACCUGGCAUCUCUGGCGUGUGAUGGCAGUGAGUCCAGCCCGGGUGUUUCAAACUUUAGUGAUAAUGCAAUAAAUAUGGCAAGACAAUAUUCCGAACGUUUGUAUCCGCCGUUGCACGACUUGGAUGACCACAGGGAAACAUUUGGCCCAGUGCCGCUAGAGCCUCGGAUCAUCGCUGAUAAAGUCCACAAGCUGCUUAGAGUGCCAUCUAAGUGCGUAGGUUCCCAAGAACAAAGUCAGCCCGGAUUAUCACCUCAAAAAAGUGGAGUGGAAAAACUUGAUCAGUUUGAGAAUAACAAAGAGAGUGAAGAGUCACAGUCUACAAGAUGUGUUGCAGCUUUGUCACGGACCAGAAAGUCGGAUACUUUAGGGUAUGGUUUUGUGUAUAGUGAUGAAAGUUGUAGUGAAUCACUGCAUGUCAACCAGACUGUAGCUAGUUCUCAAUGUAAAGAGAGAGGCAGCAAAAAACAUUGUGGUACAGACAUAGUUGAAAGAUUAUCUCUGGACGAGGUUACCGUGCCUGCGACAGACAUUCAUCCAGAGAUCGAGGAAGGAGGCCAAGUGCUGUAUUUAUUAGGAGACGGCAAUGUACUUGAAACGAACACUCCCACUGCAAUAGAAAAACCCCAAAUAAAACUUGAAGCAGGGUGUCAGUCCCGCAGAUUCUGGAAUGGUCGCUGUACUGGCUCUGCCAUUGGGUUUGAAGGCCUAGGGGUUAGUACUAGCGAACCGUGUGAUAAUGUUGACACAUCGGCAGCAACUCGAGUACGUUGCUUACCGAAGCCACAGGACACGAGGAAAGUAGUUAGAACGCGGAAUGUUGGACGUCAGUCUGCCAGAGACCUGACUAGACUUGAGAGUGCCGUGUGUUUGCCACAGAGUGAUUUAAAACACAAUCUAAGCCUGACCGAUGGUCAUAGGACUAGCGGCAGUGUCAAUCUAAGACUGGCCAGUGGUUCUGACACUAGCAUCAGUGGUGACUUAAAACUUGACAGUCGUAGGACUAGCUGCAGUGAUGACUUGAGACUAGCCCAUAAUCGUGACAGUGGUACUAGUGGGUUGUUAGCAAACAUGAGGCACCACAGACACCACAGUGACCCCACUAAUGGCGUCUUUGCUUGCAAAGUGACGGACUCUCAAAAUUGUGAACCUAUAAAAGUUGUCAUAGAAGAACAGGUGUCGAGCAGUGUUAAGGGUGGCAAGAAUGACAACUUGUAUGCCAGAGAGCAGCUCACAACAAGAAUGAUUGAUGGGGUUGUUUGUAGUGGUGAUGGACUAUGUGAUAGACCUAAUAUAUUACAUAAUGGACAGGAAGCUAUAUCAAGAACUAUGGACUGUGUUACUUACAGUGAGAAUGAUAGAUUGUGUGAUAGAUCACAAACUACACUAACAGUUGUUGAAGGUGUUACUUGUAGCGAGAAUGAACGAUUGUGUGAUAGACAGGAGUCUAUGCCAAGUACUCAGGAAAACAUUAAUAGACAGGAGUCUACACCAAGAACUCAGGAAAACCUAAGUAGACGGGAGUCUACACUAAGUACUCAGGAAAUCCCUAAUAGGCGGUCUACGCCAAGCACUUGGGAAGGUGCCACACAUGGUGAUAGUGUUUGCUGGCGCCAUGACACUGUCUCCAAUUCAGAGUUGACACCGGACACACACACUGCCGAGGACAUCACAGAAGACACAAAUGGUGAUGAGCCGCCAAUCAAUGUUCACAUGCCCAGGUGUACAUGUUGGGUUCAGAAUCCCCUGCGAGACACACCACCUUCCAGCAGCACCACCAGUAGCACCUCUAGCAGGAACACUAGCACCUACUGCUCCAGUAACAGGAGCCUUGCGGAGUCGUUACUGGGUGGUGUCAUGGACCACUACUCAUCGGUGUUUGUGGUACAUGCCACCACCCAGAGUCGUCGAUGGAAUGACGCCCUCAGACAUGACCUAUGUGCCGCUGCCCACCACUCAACCUUCGACCAGCAGGUCGCCGAGGCUGUGGCGGUCGUCGCCGACACAAACACCUGGUAUGUCAAGGGCAACAUAUAG